AUGUACCGAUCGACUAAGGGGGCCUCGAAGGCACGGAGGGACCAAAUAAACGCGGAGAUACGGAACCUGAAAGAACUUUUGCCCAUCUCUGAUGCAGACAAGGCUCGGCUCUCCUACCUCCACAUCAUGUCUCUGGCUUGCAUGUACACAAGGAAGUCCGUCUUCUUCUCCCAAGGCGGUAGCCUGCUGUCCUUAACCGAACUGUCGGAGCUGCUGAGCGCGCUGCCGGGAUUCCUGCUUCUGAUCUCGAGCGAGGGGAAACUUCUAUACCUGUCGGACAAUGUCGCGGAACACCUCGGCCACUCUAUGGUUGAUCUGGUAGCCCAGAGUGACAGUGUAUAUGACAUCAUCGAUCCCAAUGACCAUUUUAUCCUGAGAAAUAAUCUCGUACCGACGACUGCAACAGAAACAGAUCGUCUUUUCCGAUGCCAUUUCAAUACCUCCAAGUUCAUCCGUCGCCAGGGAGCGGGAAACAAGCUGACGUUGGUGCGUGCGCGCUGCCUGUCGCUCCCGGCUUCCGCCUCGUCCUACUGGUCCUCGAACCCCGUGUGGAUGUGCUCGUGCUCGCCCCUGGAGCCCCAGACACCGUACCCCGCCACGCCGAAGAACCCGCUGCUCACGCCGCCUCCUGACCAGUCGUUCUUCCUCGCGUGCUUCCACUCGAGACACGCGCGAGACAUGAAACUGCUGGACGCGAACGACAGCAUCAGUGUGUAUCUGGGAUAUGAGGUCGAGGAGCUGCGCUCGCGCUCCUGGUACAGUCUGCUUCACCCCAGAGAUCUGUCGCAUGCCUCAGCACAACACUGCACACUGCUGUGUGAGUCGGGGGAGCGGCGGGUGGAGAUGGUGGUGCGGGUGGAGGCGUGUGGUGGCUCCUGGGUCUGGCUCUACAUGGUGCUGCAGCUGGAGACGGGGGACCAACCAAUCAGCUGCCUCAACUACGUCAUCAGUGAGUCUGAGGCCUGGUCAGUGCGCCAGCAGCUGUGUUUGGAACAGAACCAGUUGGCGUUGUACUUGGGCAGCGGCGGCGGUGGUGUUGAGCCACUGUCCAGCCCCGACCAGGUGUUCACACCCAGCAGCAGCGGCCUCUCCGGCCAGUCCUUCGACUUCAGCAUGCCCACGUCCAGCCAGAGCUCCUCAGACGAGCUGGCCACCCAGCAGCAGCAGCAGCAGUCCCUCCCCCAGGAGGGCUUCACUCUGCUGGGGCAGUGGAGUGGGCCCACUGGGUCCCUCUUGAGCCCUGCGGGUCCCUCUCCACACCGCCCCCUGCCCCCCCUGGCUAUGCCCCCCCUGGCUAUGCCCGUGCCCCAGCAGAAGGGGGAGUUUGUGUGCACCCCCCCCUACACCCCUCGCUUCGGAGGUGCAGGCAGCUUCCUGUUUGGAGACGAGCAGUUUGGCCUGGACUCCUCCUCCUCCUCCUCAGGGGGGCCGAGUGCCAGUGCUCUGGUUGGCUCGGGGGUGCCCACCUCAGGCCUCCUGCCCUGCUCUGGCCUGGCGCUGCCCCCGCCUCCCUCCGAGGCUGCUGCCCGUCACAAGUCCCGCUACGGGAAGCACAACAUGCCGGGCGUGGCUGGCGUGGAGUACACCACCAUGGCUCUGCCCGAGAUCCGGGGGCCGCUGUACGUGGACGUGCCCCAUGGGCACUACCCGCUGCCCCCGGAGGGCCUACUGACGCCCGACGCCUCACCCACCAAACUGGCCUUCCCCGCCGCCUUCUUCACCCAGGAGGGCGCGCGCCAGGAGGAGAUGGAGAGGCUGGAGAUCUCUCUGCUCGCGCAGUACAUCAGUGCAGUAGCCGAGGGUUUCUAUGACAACCCCCUGCACCCUAAACCCUCUGCCCAGAGCGAGGCUGUGGCCGUCUGCCAGCUGUUCCCCACUGGCGCCUUGGUGCCCACUGUAGACUUCCUGCCCGUCCCAGAGGACAUCUCUCUGUUUGAAGAGAGCAUUGUAGUGGACAUGUCUCCCAAAAACACCUCCUCCCCCGCCCCACACCCACUCUCCUCCUCCUCCUCCUCCUUCUGCUGCUCCUCCUCGCAGCGUUCCCCCCCUGUUCCUGGGACAUGGCCCUCUCCCUGCCACUCUCAGCGAGCUCAGUCCCCUAUUGGUGAAUACCACUUCAGUAGCGUCCAAUCGACGCGUACUAACCACCCAGUUGGGGGCGGGAUCCUAGGAGCCGGCCUGGCGGAGGAGGGCGUGGCUCUGAGUGGGAUGGACGUUGUCAUGGAGAUGGAGGUGGAGGUGGUGGAGGCAGCUAUGCUGCCCACCUCUCAGUCCUCCAGUAUCCCAUCAUCCCCUGAGUCAGUAGCGCCUCCUCCUCCCGCCCCCGCACCGUCCUGCGCCCAGUCCCUAUUGGAGGAGCUGGUGUCCAUGGAAACAGUGUUUGGGGCUGGUGCCCCGAUGCCCCCAGCUGUGGGGCCACAUCCUGAGUUGUAUCAACUCCCGCACCUCGCCCUGCACCACAUCUACCCUGAUGGGACCAGUGAUCACACGUUGUGA